GUCGAAUUGCGACAUCGUGGCUGCCAUUGCGAUGGCGCGGAGGCGCAGAGGAGAUCUUGGUCUUCUUGGAACUUCCAGAUGAAUGCGCAAUGGCCGGGCAAAGCGCCGAUUAUUGCCACAGCGUAGGAGAUGCAGGUGUGACAGUUGAUGCGCGAUGCGACGCGGGGGUCGGGGCGCCGGCAAGCGAAGCCGAGGCGGAAGGUGCAGCCGAGAGACUCCGCGCAGUCUCAUGAUCGCGCUCUGCAUCCGCGCCGCCCUCCUGGAACAGCACCAUGCUAUGUCGGACAUCAUGAAUGCCGCAGAUGAGCAUCUCCCCUUCAAGAUCGGCGAACUGCCCGACGAACUUUUGCUCUACAUCCUUGGCUGUCUGGUCCCGAUCCGUGGCUUCAUACCCUCGCCCGCACCGGAAGAAGAGCGCCAACAGGAAAAUGCAACAAAGGUCAAGACGCUCCAUGCGCUUUCUCUGGCAUGUCGACGGCUGCACGCCAUCAGCACCCCAAUUCUAUACCAAUCAAUCAUCCAGCCUCCCACCGACUGGCACCUCAUUCCGCGACUCUGGAGCACGCUACUACAGAGACCUCAGUUGAUGAAGCAUGUGCAGUACAUCGAGACCCGGAUGCUCGAUAGUCAGUUGGACGAACCGAAAGACGUCUAUUCGGAUAUCGAAUGGGCGGUACUUCAGCAAGCCUUCGAAGAUGCGCCCUGGGCGACUCGGAUCCACCACCACACCUUCUUCACCGCCGACUCUCGCGUUCAAAAAGGCAUCAUCGCGCUAAUUGCUCUUGCCGAGAACCUACUCGACCUGGCAAUGGUCGAGCUCGAGACUUAUGUGCUGCCUCUGGCUGACCAACCGGGGUUGCAUCCACGCCUACGACGCGUCUGGCUUCGAGGCCCGUGGCAUCGCUACGAUGCAGAUUUCAUGAUUGCAGCCGAACCAGUCGAAGGCUUCAAUCAUGCCGUGGAAUGGAUUAAGGCGAUCGAGAUGCGACAACGCCCAUGGUGGGACGACGACGACGAUUGGAGACGGAACGCGGUGGACAUUGAUGAAUUCACACUGGAUAACUGCAACAUGUCGCCCGACGAGAUCCAGUCCCAUCUCCGACCGUGCAACUCUCUGAGGAUAUUUUCGUGCCAAUGGAGGAAUCGCUGGACACACUCUGAUGCCGAAAAUGGGGAGGCGCCGCCAAUCGAUCUGCCGCAACUUCGUCAAGAUCUGCUCCGCUUUAGGGGCGAUCUGGAGAGUCUAACUCUCGACACCUUGGAAUCAGGAUGGCGAGUCUCGAUGGAGGAGAACAUUCCCGCAAUCGGCAGUUUGCGCGACUUUCCUGUUCUAAAGCAUCUGGAUGUCUCUGGUCUUGUUCUCUGGGGCGAUGGGGAGGAUACGGCUCAGUUUCCACCACUCACCCCACUCCUCCCGCCGUCAUUGGAGACAUUGGUCAUCAACGUCGAGUGGGAUGAUGAUGUUGAAGAAGGCUUGCAUGGGCUUGCUAGGGACUGCAAGGCCAUGGUUUCGAACCUGAAGAGCGUGGAGUGCAUGUGGAGACCGGCGCCGAAGGACGUAGCGGAUGUGCUGAUCAAAGACUUCCGAGAUCUAGGCGUCGAGCUCAAGCUCAGCGUCGAUAUUUCGUAAAGAGCAUGCGCUGGCGAACCCGUGCAUCGCAGUCCUAGUUUUGACUUAUAAGUUCAUCCCAACAAAUUCGAACAAUCCACCUUGCCGCUAUUCCUCCGGUCUGAUUGAGCGUCGCACUGGGCCUACGGGCGUUUACCUCUCCGGCAUUGUUUCCUUAUCUGGAUUUGUAUGAGGCACCAGGGGACGCGCUGCAGCUU